AUGAGCGGCCGCAUUACCAGAUCAUCAUUCCCCAGCUCAACAGAGCUCCGCGAUGCAUACAAUCUUGAGCUCCAGUCCGCAGACAAGCGCUCCGUGCGGUUCGGGGAGCUGAUCCUCGAGAAGGGCGAGAUCACAACUAUAAUUAUAUUCAUCCGUCACUUUUUUUGUCUUUACGACCAGGAAUAUGUUCGCACAGUCUCGAGCCAUCUAACUAAAUCGGUCCUCGAAACAAUACCCAACACCCCCGGGCCCAUUCAAUUGAUCAUAAUCGGAUGCGGUGGCCCGUCCUUAAUCGUCCCAUAUAUCGGCGAAACGUCCUCCUCGUUCCCGGUCUACAGUGACCCCGACGGAAAGUUAUACGAGAAGCUGCACAUGCGGCGGACUUUGGAUAAUAUUAUGCAGCAGCCUUCGUACUCGCAGGCCGGGUUUUGGAGGUCGGUGGGCGUGGCUAUGAAGCAGAUGCUUUGGAGAGGCAUGGGGGCGUUUCGGGGAGGCCGGAUGGAUCAGAACGGGGGAGAGUUCAUAUUCAGGGGAGGGAAGUGCGAAUAUGCGCAUAGGAUGGAGAACGUGGGUGAUCAUUUGACGGCAGAAGAACUGUUGAAGAUAUUAGAGACGUGUGAUGGGAUGAAGGAAGUGCAAUGA